AUGAGAACAACAGCAACGGUAAAUGUUUUAAGGAGUUUCCAUCUGGUUGUGAGGAAAACAAAAGGAUUGAUAUUGAUGCUUACAUUCCAAACUCGCAGCUUGUGUCGGCCACUGCGAUUUAUUCACACCACUAUACCAAGUCUUUGGCAGUCCUAUGAGAAUGAGCGACAUUAUGAGCCUGGAGAAGACGCUCUGAGCAGAACUUGGCAUGGCCUCACUUAUGAUUUUCGACGAUGGAAACGUCGCUAUCAGGAGGCCCGCAAGGAUGCUUUUCGACGUCGAAAUCCAAUAGCUCACAUGAAACAAGCUGUACAGGAUAACGAAUUAUUCCCUUAUCGAGCUGAAAUAACCAUAAUAGGAGGUGGACUUACUGGAUCAUCUACUGCAUAUUGGUUGAAGGAGCGUUUUCGCGACGAGGAUUUCAAAGUAGUAGUGGUGGAAAAUAAUGAUAAGUUUACUCAAAGCUCAACUAUGCUAUCUACCGGUGGCAUAUCCCAGCAAUUUUCUAUUCCCGAACAUAUCGAAAUGUCUCUAUUCACUGCAGAAUUUCUUCGCCACGCUGGUGAACACCUGCGAAUAUUGGACAAUGCUCCUCCUGACAUAAAUUUGCUUCCCAAUGGGUUUCUCUACUUAGCUCGCAAUGAACAGGAGGCAGAUUCACUGCGAAAUAACUGGAAGCUCCAAGUUGAUAAGGGUGCUUGUGUGGCGCUUUUGUCGAAAGCUGAUCUUCAGAGCCGGUUUCCUUUUAUGAACUUUGAUGAUGUCAUUUUAGGAAGUUUGGGCCUUGAAAAUGAAGGCACUUUCGAUACAUGGCAGUUGCUGGCCGCUAUCCGAGAGAAGAAUAUCACUCUUGGUGUACAAUAUGUCAAAGGCGAGGUUGAAGGCUUCCAAUUUGAACGGCUUCGUACAAGGGCUGAACCCCAUGCUAUGGAAGAUCACGAAGUUGCCGAUGAGGAAAAAUUUCGGGCACAGCGAAUAACAGGUGUUUUUGUACGACCGCAGAUGUCCGACACGUCAGCACGACCCAUACGUACUCACCUGAUCGUCAACGCAGCAGGUCCUUGGGCUGGAAAAAUUGCCGAACUGGCAGGGAUAGGCAAAGGCAAAGGCUUGCUGGCGGUCCCAGUUCCCAUUCGCCCCAGAAGGCGAACAAAUUUUGUUAUACAUGCACCGGAUGUUCCAGUCGAUAUUCCGGCUAUAGUGGAGCCUUGCGGUGUAUACUGUCGCCAACUAGAUGUUGGUAAUACUUUUGUGGUUGGCAGGAAUCCACCUAAGGAGGAAGAUACUGAUGAGCGAGAAUCUUUGGAGGUAGAUUACAAUGAAUUUUAUGAGAAGGUUUGGCCGGUUCUGGUGCGGAGGACCCCUGCUUUUCAAUCGGCAAAGAUAAAAUCAGCUUGGUGUGGCUUGCAAGAUGUGAACACAUUCGAUUCUGCACCAGUUAUCGGAGAGCAUCCCUUGUAUCAAAAUCUUUUCAUGAUGUGUGGAUUUGGCGGAAGGAGUGCAAUGCAUUCGUUGGCUGCUGGACGAGCUUUUGCCGAACGAUUAUUUGAAGGCGCUUAUGUAAACAUAAACCUUCGUAAAUUUGAUAUGCGUAGAAUAGUGAAAGUGGAUAGGCUUCAGGAAGCGUUUGUUGUUUAGCUGAGCAUUUUCAUAAAUUGUAAUUCCAAUUUGAUGCUAGUUUUUGUGAUACUAUAAAGGGAAAUAGCUUUAUAAUGUAAAGGGUGUCUUUGGAGUCUUCGCCUCCGAACCCGUUGAUCUGAUUAGAUGA